AUGUGCUCAUCAUCCUGGCCAUCAUCAUUAUCCUCCUCCAACUCAGGAUAUGGCCUGAUCGUCGAGGGCAUUUCAUUGGGCUCUGGUGGCCAGUUUAUGCCCCGGUUGACCAUGAAACGGAUCUAUAACACCAAGUGCUUUCGCCCGGAACGGUAUCGCCAUGAGGUGGCCAAUCAUUACAGGGACUACAAGCUGCAGCAGCAUCUUCACCAGCAGCAGCAGCACCAUCAUCAACAUCAACGUCACCGGGGAGGUCAGCGACGUCGUCAGAGGCGUCGCCAGUUAUUUGGAGGAGCCGCUUCUGAGGCAUCUCGAGUGUCGCCCGCCUCAUUAGCGUCGCAAUAUGCGCAGCAGUUCCGCGAUGUGUUUCCCACCCACAGGCACUACUUUCCCAGAUCCAACGAUACCACUAGCAGCAGCACAGGUGGUGUUGAGCCACCCCACAACGCCAUCAUCAUAUACAACGACGCAGUGCGUCGCAUAAGAAGCGCCCAUAGCUGCGAGCAGCUGCGUCAGCUAGUCCAGCGUCAGCUACAACGGCACCGCUUAACCUGGAGAAGCAACAAUCAUAAUGAUGAUGAUGAUGAUGAGGCUUUGGCCACCAACCAGGGAGGAGGAAGCCAAAGCAGCGACCAACGAAACGAUUAUAAGCUAAAUAAUAUUCAUAAACACAAAAGAGAAAGCCCACAACGGCUAAUAGUUGAAGAGCAAAGGCAGGUGGUGGACUUUUAUGCUUACCUGCAACUGGCCAGCGGCUAUUACGAGCGUGGCUUGCAGGCGGAUCUCAAGUAUUUGCAAACGAUUGGUCAGCAGAAGAAGCAACACAAGCGGGAGCGGGAGCAGCAGGAGCAACAUCAUCGUUUGGAUUUGGAGGUGGAUCGCCGGCUAACCGGGCGUCUGGUGAGGCUGCUCAAGAGUUUGCGUGGCAAGGCAGCAGCUAGUCAAAAGCAGGCUGGUCAUCCGGCCUUCAAGGUAGACAUAAGAUCAGUCAAGCGGGAGGAACCAGAAACUGACUUGGAGGAGUCUUCAGAGCAGGAGGAUUUGGAUAGCAUGUGUGAUUACUAUGCCCAAGGAGGAACAUUAGCCACAGCAACAGAAGCAGCCGCAAGAGUAGAGGAUUCUACAAGAGCUAGUGUGGCCAGUGUGGCCACAGCUGCUCAUCAAAGGCGUCUGUACGAGAUUAUUGACAAUCUAAGUCAUCUAAGUAUUGCUGGGGAGACAGCAAGAGGAGGAGGAGGAGGAGGAGCAGGAGGAGGAGCAGCAGGAGGAGGUGUAGGAGCAUCAGAAGGAGGAGCAACAGCAGCAGCAGGUGAAUUUGGCGGAUUUCUGCAGCUCACCCUGCCACAAAUCACCUUAACCGACUGCUCUACCACAGCCCAACAGGUGGCUUUGUAUAGCAACAGCAUUGUUACCCUGCAGAUGAGGCCAGAGCCAAGCCAAGCCUCGAUCUGAGAGCAAUCGAACAGCAAAUUAAAUCGAAUAUAGAAAGAGAGAACCAUUUGGAAUCGUUUUGAAUCGAAUUAAAUCGAACAAAACGUAGCGAUAGCGCUGAAAAAACACUCAGAACGAAGCUACAUUGAAAGGCGCGAGCACGUCAGCGGAAAUUUAACUAAAAAGAAGCACUAAAAAACAAAAAAACAAAACAAAUAAAGAGAUAAAUAAAUAAACAAAUAAAUAGAUAAAGAAAUAUAUAAUAAAAUAUAUAAAA